GCUUCAAGAGCAUAAUACACACAACAGUGACUCAAGUGAUUCCAGUAACGAUGGCACCAAAACAACGGCUAUAAAAAAACGACGCAAAUUAACUGCAGCAUCGACACCAGUGAUGACCGAUGAACUGAUGACGAACGAACGAUUAAAAAGAAAAUAA